AUGGACGUUGAAGGGCUUGCCAAAGAAUGGGAUGCCAUAGAAGAAGUUCGUGAACGUCUGAGGGCCGGUAAGAAAUUGUAUGAUCACCCCCUUGAUCAAAAGUGGGCUGAACCUAACCGUGCCAAUUGUGUAGCCAACGCGGCUGCUUUGAAACCAGUUCUUACUCGUCUUCGGGAAGAUCCCAAGCAUACCCUGCCGUACUUGGAGCCCUUGAGUGCGGAGAUCAUGGCUUUCUACAAGAAAGCCAAGGCAGUAGUUUCUGACGACAAAGUGAUCUACAAGACUGCGGUGGAAACCAAGAAACUCGCAGGUUUCGUGAAAAGAAGAUCCAAUCCGACCCGUCAAGAGUUCACUAAGGACGUCAAGUUCCAUGAGUUGCUGCUCCUGUAUGACCCAAGUCUUAAGGACACAGGUUCAUAA